AUGUAUGCACUGGCAGUAGCUGAUGCAUGUACAUUGAGAUACGCGGCGAUGCCCAGUGAAGACACGAGGAGAACGGAUCCAAUUUCGCUUUGGAAUUCGCUUGGACGCUGUGCUGUUACGAACUACUGUCGUUGGCCAGUAGCAUCUUGGCAACAACGUAAUUUGCAGUUGGUGGAGAAUUUUUAUAGGAAAAUUCUUUACGGAAUCCGUCAAGCUACCACUAUGCUAUACACGAGUGCAGCUGGAUAUUCCACUGUUGUGUACACAGAUGUGUACCAGAGUCUCUUUAUCUUUACUUCUUUCAUUAUCGUCGCAAUUAUGGGCUUCAUGAUGCAACUUCCCGAUCAAUUUUCAGUGUUUUUACCAAUUCUUGACUCGACUGGACUUGGAGAAAAUGUGAAUGAUCCAGAUAAUUCGUAUGAGCCUAUCUUUUCGCUAGCUUGGCUUUAG